AUGGGUGCUGUCUAUUGCCACCCACUGAAGCAACUAUCUGUUGAACAUGGUUGGUUGAUGCUUUGCAGAAGGGUAUUUAGUGAUGGUGAGGUAGAAGACAUCGAGGAACUGAAGGAUGUUGGGAUGAAGAUAGUCAAGAAGUGCAAUGGAAUUCCUCUAGCCAUUGAAACAAUCUCAGGAGUCCUAAAGACAAAAGAGAGGAACAACAGGGAAUGGGAAAAGGAUACAACUUCACGGAUGUGGAUUGCAGAAGGCUUUGUACGAGCUGAGGAGCAGGUGGCGGCGGAAGACUUGGCAGACAAUUAUUACAGUGAACUAGUCACAAGAAGCCUUCAAAUAAUUGGUAAAGGCUUUGGAGAAAUGGAUUGUAAAAUGCAUGAUCUUCUGCGAGCCCUUGCUCUUUUAGUGGCACAACAUCAGUAUUUUUCUGGUGAUCCUCAGCAUUUACAGACUACUUUAGUGAAGCCUCGCCAUUUAUCUGUUGUGAAAAAAGGCCUAUCAACAAUUCCAGAAUCAGUUCAGAAGCAAAAGAUCAUAAGGACCUUAUUGCUCUCUGAUAAUCCCCUCAAAGGAGAUGCUUUGAAUGCACCUUUUGAAAGAUUUAGGCACCUGAGAGUUUUAGAUCUUAGUGGCACAGGGAUCAACAACCUGCCAGAUGGAGUGGGAAAGCUGAUACACAUAAGAUAUUUAAAUCUUUCUAAGACUGAACUCAAGGAGCUGCCAGAAUCCAUUGAGUACCUUCGAGACCUUCUGACCUUGGACCUCUAUUGGUGCAUAUACCUGAAGAACCUACCCAAGGGUAUCACACAAAUACAAAAUCUACGACGUCUUGACAUUGGUGAAACUGGACUGGAUUGCAUGCCAGUAGGAAUAGGAAGAUUAAAGCAACUCCAUACACUGGAUGGUUUUGUACUGAAUGACAAUAAUGAGAACACAGAUGAUCUUCCAGGAAGCAACAUAAAAGAGUUGACAAACCUGUCGGAGCUCAGAUCACUUUCAGUGCAUAACUUGGAAAGACUAUCUAGCAGGGAAGAAGCAGCUGAAGCAGCACUGAGAAACAAGCGCAACCUUGAAUUCUUAUAG